GUCGAUGUGCCGCACUUGUCGGCGUCCAGAUCGAAAUCCAUGCUCGCCGCCAACGCGACCGCCAUCGAUCGUUGCUGAGUAGCACUUGAGGGACGAUCGAUCCACGCACCGACUGCCGAGACUAUCGCCCUUGGUUGUCUAAGCCUCUGCGGUACCUUGAGCAAUCGACGAGACCCAUCCAACACUGAAGCCCCAAUGCGUUCAGCUCCUCGGUGGUCGCAUUGGUAUCUGCCAGAGCCGAGCUCUCGACAUCGAUCCGACAGAGCGCUGCCUCUUUGUUUGCCUCGAUCGGUCCGGCUCCGUUUGGCUGCAGCGGUGACUCCGUCGGUGUCCGUUCUUCUUUCCUCGUCGACUCUUUCCGGCGAUGAGGGAUUACGGCGAUCCGCUCGCCCGCCUCCAAACGCUCCGCAGCUCGGCCAACGAGCCAACGAGCCAACCAAGAGUAUGCGAUCGCCAGAAGACAACACUGGCCUCGCAGAACGAGAGGAAGGAGCAUGGCUCUCACCUGGUUCUUCUUCGGAUGUGCUUGAGAACGAGAGCGAGAGAGCAAGUCUUGAGACGGGCGGAAUGUGGAUGCCAGUCGGAAGGACGAAGCGGAAGGGGGGGGAGUUGGGCUACUCUUUUGUUUUUUUGGCGGGCGUUAUUGAGGUCGAUGGGUCGAGUCGGAACAGCGCAUACAAUAAAUGAGGUCGGAUCGAGGUUGGAGAACAGAUCCAGGGGCGGGAGUGACUGCUUUCUGGAUUCGUUCAGUUGUUUAGUUGUUCAGAAAAGAACACUGUCUGGGGGAGGAGAGGGCAGACGUGCAGGACAGCGUCAGGAUGCGAUCGAAGCAAGCUCCAGGUUUGUCGACGAGGG